CGACGAUAAAGAACAUAAACAGGAAGUCAUGAAAAGCACACAGUAGUUAUUGUGUUCAAAUUCUUUGUAUUUUGUUGUUUUACUCACGGUAUUUCUUCAGACUUGCUCAGAAAGUCAAAAUGGGGAAGCGACAGCACCAGAAAGAUAAAAUGUACAUCACAUGUACAGAAUACACGAACUUCUAUGGAGGGAAGCGUGCAGAAAUCCCACAGGCAAACUUCAGGCGCCUCCCCUUCGACCACUGCAGCCUGUCCCUGCAGCCGUUUGAAUAUCCGGUCUGCACUGAGGAGGGCGUCGUCUUCGACCUGUUGAGCAUUGUUCCUUGGAUUAAGAAGUACGGGACUAACCCGACCUCCGGAGAGAAACUGGAAGCAAAGUCUCUCAUCAAACUUAACAUUGCCAAGAACAACGAUGGAAAGUAUCACUGCCCUGUUCUGUACAACGUCUUCACAAAUAAUUCUCACAUUGUUGCCAACAAGGUCACCGGGAAUGUGUUUUCUUAUGAGGCUGUGGAGCAGUUAAACAUUAAGACCAAAACUUUUAAAGAUCUGCUCACAGAUGAACCCUUCACAAGAAAGGAUAUCAUAACUCUCCAGGACCCCACAAACCUGGAUAAGUUCAAUGUUUCCAGCUUUUUCCAUGUAAAAAACAACCUGAAAGUGUUGGACCCAGAUGAAGAAAAGGCUAAGCAGGACCCAGCAUACCAUCUGAAGAGCACCAAUAUGGAGACGAGGGAGACCUUAGCAGAGCUGUACAAAGAAUACAAAGGGGAUGAACUCCUAGCUUCCACCAUGAAGGAGCCAGAGGCCAAGAAGACGGACAAAUUAAAUGCUGCCCAUUAUUCCACAGGGAGAGUUUCUGCCUCGUUCACAUCCACAGCCAUGACUCCUGCAACGACACACGAAGCAGAUGCUAUCGCAGACGACACCGUGCGUUACAGCUAUGUGAAGAAAAAAGGAUACGUUCGCCUGCACACAAACAAGGGAGACCUAAAUCUUGAGCUGCACUGUGAUAAGGUGCCCAAAGCGGGUGAGAAUUUCAUCCGUCUGUGCAAGAAGGGUUACUACGAUGGGACGAUCUUCCACAGGUCCAUCCGGAAUUUCAUGAUUCAAGGAGGGGACCCCACUGGCACAGGCACAGGAGGUGAAUCCUUCUGGGGAAAACCCUUCAAGGAUGAGUUUCGUCCUAACCUAUCUCAUACCGGCCGGGGGAUUCUCAGCAUGGCAAACUCUGGUCCAAACACCAACAAAUCUCAGUUCUUCAUCACAUUCAGAUCUUGCACCUAUCUCGACAGGAAGCACUCGGUCUUUGGAAGGGUUGUUGGUGGAUUUGAGACUCUCACAGCCAUGGAGAACGUCGAGAGCGAUCCCAAAACAGACAAACCAAAGUCGGAGAUCAAGAUCAUAAGUACGACAGUGUUCGUGGACCCGUAUGAAGAGGCCGAUGCCCAGAUUGCAGCAGAACGAGAGAAGGAGGUGCAGAAACAGGAGGAGGAGAAGCAGCAGGCCAGCGUUGCCCUGAAGAAAGCCAAGGAGGAGCAGGCGCCAAAAACCUUCAAAGCAGGUGUUGGAAAAUACAUCAACCCUGCCACAGUAAAACGUUCAGCUGCUGAGGAUGAAAGCGGCCCGUCCACCAGCGACCGCAGCAAGAAGUCCAAAGGCAAAACCGGCUUCAGCGACUUCAGCUCCUGGUAG